AUGGCCAGGAUGAAAGUGCUCCUUCUAUGGCUUCUGACGCUGCCUCUGCUAAAUGGAGCUGAUACCAUGCCCUCUGCCUGUGGCCGGCCCAAAGUGUCUUCCCCUCGGAUCGUUGGGGGGGAGAAGGCUGAUGAAGGGGAAUGGCCCUGGCAAGUCAGCAUACGGAACAACAGGCUGCACAUUUGUGGCGGGAGCCUCAUCUCGUCCCAGUGGGUGGUGACGGCCGCGCAUUGCUUCGAUGGACCGCUGGUCCCAGACGAGUAUCGAGUGCACCUGGGAGAAUAUGAGCUUUCCAAACCUUUGCCCAGCAUGGUCUCGUCCGGCAUCAGCAAAAUCAUAGUGCAUCCGUAUUACACUGGAUCCAAUCUGGGCACUGACAUCGCACUCCUGCAGCUGGAAGAGCCCGUCCGGUUCUCCCAGACCAUCAAGCCCAUCUGUCUGCCUGAUACUUUGGAUCCGGACCCCUUCCCCGCUGGAAUGUCAUGCUGGGUCACCGGCUGGGGCCACCUCUAUCAGGGAGCCCCCUUUCCCACUCGGACCCUGCAGGAGGUGGAAGUGCCCAUCCUAGGCGUGGAGGACUGUAACCGCAUGUACCACAACUACACCUUCUCUAACACUGAAGAUGUGCCGGAAGGCUUCAGGCUGAUCUACGAAGACAUGAUCUGUGCUGGGUACCCGGAAGGGAAGAAGGAUUCUUGCCAGGGCGACUCAGGGGGACCCCUGGCCUGCAAGCAGAAUGGCACUUGGUUUCUGGCUGGAGUGGUGAGCUUCGGGUAUGGCUGUGCGAAUGCCAACCUACCUGGCAUCUACACCCGGAUUACCUCCUACAUGGACUGGAUUGAACAAACUGGAAGUGGAGCCCAUCUCCCGAGUGCUAAUUGA